AUGCAGCUUAACCUCAUCCUCCUGGUCCGUGUGCCGCCGCCGACUAUACAUUCGUUUGCUCUCGACUUCUCGACGUUGGCGGGGCACAUUCGGAAGGGAAAGUACGUACCCGACCACCUAACAGGCAUUACCGACGAGAUUCUCCAACACUGCGGCAGAGGCAAUGGAGGGUCGGGAAGGGAGGCGAUUCUAAAACCACUUGGGCUGCGUCACUGCUCUGGCAACGGCACGGCAGAACGCGGAUACGUCGCAAAGCAGACCAUCCGGCAGCCAACCGUACGUCGAAUGUCCAGUCCAUCGGCCGUCCUCUACGCCCUUUGCAGCCUCUGCAACCUCUGCACAACAGUUGAGCGGGUGAGCGGCUACCAGUCCAUCGACAGCAACGCUGCUGCAGCGGAGCGACGGACGCCAAUGGCCACGCGCCGGUCAAUAGCAGAACAGACAGGGAACGGGGCAGGGUUCAGGGCUUCUCCCCCCAUCUUCUGCCCGCCAGCCCUGGCCUUCACGUUUUUCGUUGCUGGGAAUGCCUAG